CAAGCAGCCAGCUAGCGGCAAUCGCCGUCGACCCCCAUGCUCAAGGGGGCAGUGGCGAUUCAGCUUUGGCGACCAAGAAUUGAAUUCAAGCAGAAGGAACGGAGAGAAGUCACAUUGCGCUUCCAUUUUUCACAGCCCAACCGCCGUUCACAUUGCUAUCCUCUGCACCAAUGACACCGGGAGGAAAGAAACAGCAAGAUCCGUCCACAGAUCCUUCUUCUGCGGCGGCAAGGAUACGCAAUAAUCAGAGGCGGUCAAGAGCACGUCAUCGCGAGUUCGUUGACGAACUGAAAGCGAAAGUUCGCGAGUAUGAGCGCCAAGGAGUCCAGGCCACCAUGGAGAUGCGCCACGCAGCUCGCAAAGUUGCGCUUGAGAACUCGAGACUGAGGGCCCUCCUCGCCUCCCGUGGGGUCACGGACGAGGAGCUCAGCAGUUACCUGGCCCAAUUCGAUGAUCAGCCGUCGGGGCCGUUGCCGACGGCGGCCUUGACACCCCCGACAGACGAGGCAAGCCCACUGCCAGCCAGGUCGGACUCUCACUCAGGCUCGUCACGGGCAAACCGCGACGUACCCGAUGAUGAAUCAGCUUCUGGGCUCAAAAGGCUUGCCGUCGCUGCAGAUACCACCCCGCGGCAAACAUGCUGCGGGCCCACCACGCGGUGUUCCGCCAUCGAUGGGCGAGACGUCCAGGAACCUGCAGCACAGCCUUCUCCGCCGGCCGACCAAGCGAACCAACCGUCACCGUCACCCAGUCCAAACACUCCCAACACGACGGGUUCGCACCUGGAAAUGUCUUGCACAGCUGCCGCCCAGAUCAUGGCCAAUAUGUCCAGGGAUGGAAAUAAGGAGCUCGCUCGCGAGGCCUUGGGAUGCACCGGGGCCGAGGAAUGUCUUGUUAAGAAUACUCUAGUUUUUCAACUCCUAGAUAGCGCAGAGGCGGGUCAACAGUAACGAAAGCUUUGGCCACCUCCACCUGUUCCCCAUCCACUUCACAACAUAUACGAGCAAGAUCAACAGCGGCAC